GGCACCGCGCUCCCGCCGCCCGCCCGCACCGGCGGCUGCGCGCCUCGCCCUGAAACCUCUUCCGCUUUGCGUUUGCUCCGGAUUUUUGCGUGCUUUCCCCCGCCGUGCCGGGCAGCAUGGGGCUGCCGGCGCUGGAGUUCAGCGAGUGCUGCCUGGACAGUCCGCAGUUCCGGGAGAGGCUGCGCUCCCACGAGGCCGAGCUGGACAAGACCAACAAGUUCAUCAAGGAGCUCAUCAAGGACGGGAAGUCGCUGGUCGCCGCCCUCAAGAACCUGUCAGCUGCCAAGCGCAAGUUCGCAGAUUCCCUCAAUGAGUUUAAAUUCCGCUGCAUCGGCGACGCCGAGACGGACGAUGAGAUCUGCAUAGCCAAGUCUCUGCAAGAGUUUGCCACGGUGCUGCGGAACCUGGAAGACGAGCGGAUGCGCAUGAUCGAGAAUGCCAGCGAGGUGCUGAUCACGCCGCUGGAGAAGUUCCGCAAGGAGCAAAUUGGGGCUGCCAAGGAUGCCAAAAAGAAAUACGACAAGGAGACUGAGAAAUACUGUGGUGUCCUAGAAAAGCACUUGAACUUGUCUUCCAAGAAGAAAGAAUCCCAGCUUCAGGAGGCAGACAGCCAGGUGGACCUGGUUCGGCAGCACUUCUACGAGGUCUCCCUGGAAUAUGUCUUCAAGGUGCAGGAGGUGCAGGAGAGGAAGAUGUUUGAAUUUGUGGAACCUCUGCUGGCCUUUCUGCAGGGGCUGUUCACAUUCUACCAUCAUGGCUAUGAGCUCGCAAAGGACUUCAGUGAUUUCAAGACAGAGCUGACAAUCAGCAUCCAGAAUACAAGAAACCGCUUUGAAGGAACAAGGUCAGAGGUUGAAGCUUUGAUGAAGAAGAUGAAGGAGAAUCCCCAUGAGCACAAAAACAUCAGCCCUUACACGAUGGAGGGGUAUCUCUACGUGCAGGAGAAGCGUCACUUUGGGACCUCCUGGGUGAAGCAUUACUGCACCUACCAGAGGGAAUCGAAGCGCAUCACCAUGGUGCCCUUUGACCAGAAAUCAGGAGGAAAAGGGGGGGAAGAUGAAGCUGUCACCCUGAAAUCCUGCACACGGCGGAAAACAGACUCCAUUGAGAAGAGGUUCUGCUUUGAUGUGGAGGCUGUGGAUCGGCCCGGCGUCAUCACCAUGCAGGCGCUUUCGGAGGAGGACCGCAGGCUGUGGAUGGAGGCCAUGGACGGCCGGGAACCGGUGUACAACUCGAACAAGGACAGCCAGAGUGAAGGCACUGCCCAGCUGGACAGCAUCGGCUUCAGCAUCAUCAAGAAGUGCAUCCACGCUGUGGAAACAAGAGGGAUCAAUGAGCAGGGACUCUACCGGAUCGUGGGGGUGAACUCCAGAGUUCAAAAGCUGCUGAGUAUAUUAAUGGAUCCCAAGACAGCCACAGAGACAGACACGGAGAUUUGUGCAGAGUGGGAGAUCAAGACCAUUACUAGUGCACUGAAGACGUACCUGAGAAUGCUCCCAGGGCCCCUCAUGAUGUACCAGUUUCAAAGGAGCUUCAUCAAAGCAGCGAAGCUGGAGAAUCAGGAGUCCAGGGUGUCAGAGAUCCACAGUCUCGUUCAUCGGCUCCCAGAGAAAAACAGGCAGAUGCUGCACUUGCUCAUGAACCAUUUGGCAAAAGUUGCAGAUAAUCACAAGCAGAACCUGAUGACUGUUGCUAAUCUGGGUGUGGUGUUUGGGCCGACGCUGCUUCGACCUCAAGAGGAAACAGUUGCUGCCAUUAUGGACAUCAAAUUCCAGAACAUUGUGAUUGAGAUUUUAAUAGAAAACCAUGAGAAGAUAUUUAACACGGUGCCAGAGGCUCCGGCGCCGAACUCGCAGCUGCUGUUAUCCCGCAAGAAGAGCACGGAGUCGAAGGCUCCGUCGUGCAGCGAGCGCCCGCUCACCCUGUUCCACACUGCCCAGCCCAGCGAGAAGCAGGAGAACAGGAACAGCAUCAUCAACUCCAGCCUAGAAUCCGUCAUCUCUUCAAAUGUGAACAGCUUCCUCAACUCCAACAGUGCUCCCCAGCCCAGCCUGAACUCCAGUGAUCUUGAACUAGAAGUAAUUAAGCCCAACAGGCCAAAUUCCCUCCCUCAGAAUCCAAGCCCAACGUCACCCCUGUCACCGUCCUGGCCCAUGUUCUCUGCGCCAUCCAGCCCUAUGCCCACCUCCUCUACGUCCAGCGACUCAUCCCCCAUCAGCUCCCCCCUGCGCAAAGCCCGUGCUCUCUACGCCUGCAAAGCCGAGCACGACUCCGAGCUCUCCUUCACCGCCGGCACCGUGUUCGACAACGUUCACCCAUCCCAGGAGCCUGGCUGGCUGGAGGGGACCCUCAACGGCAAGACAGGACUGAUCCCUGAGAACUACGUGGAGUUCCUAUAACUGUGGGGUGCACAGUGCCCCUGCUGAGCAUUCCAUGGCAUCCAUGGCCAGUCCUGCAGGCCCCUGUGCCACGGUGUGAGCAGGGUGAGGACAGCCCUGUGCCUGCUGCUGGAUGUUUGUGUGGAUCAGACGUGGCCUCUCCUCCCGUGGUGCUGCAGGGGAGUGCUGCUGGGGAGAUGGAGAGACCCUCCAAGCCCCCAUCCCAGCGAUGGAAAAGCAGCCAAGGCACGGCCAAGCGCUCCGAGGGGCUGAGCUGAAGACUGGGAAUGGCCCCUGAGGUGGGGGUUCCCUGCAGGGGGACAUUCAGGGAGCCCAGGCUCCCACCCAGGAGGAGUCCUGUGCUCCCAGAGCCUUCCCUGGGCUUCCCCGGCUGCCCCAAGCACAGCUGUGUGUGCUGCCGGGGAGCACCCCGAGUUCUGGGGGCAGGGGAAGGGCUGGGGGCCGGGCAGCCCUGGGAGGUGCCCCCUCCCCGUGCCACACCAGUGCCAGCUCUUGCAGGCAAGAGCGAGCCCCGGGUGGGCUCUGCGGGGCUCGGGGCUGGCAGGGCUCGCCAGGAGAAAGGAUAUUUUGGACCAAACCUCCCAAAGUCUUCUCUUUUAUUUUCAGGAUUUUGAUUUUUGUGGGGUAACCUUCAGUCUGUGCCAGGUGAGCAGCCCGUGCUCCCCAGACAAACCCCACUAGUGUUGUUUUUGUGUUUGGUAGCUCCCCUCCCCAAAUCUCACUGUACAGACACAUCUGUGCUCCCACCAGCUGCUGCUGUGCCCUGCUGGAGCUGGAGCUGCCUCUGCCUCUCUCCAGCCGUGUUUUUCAGGCCUCUCCUUGCUUGCAGCCUCGUCUGUGCCAAGUCUGUGCAGUGCUGGUUGUGCCAGGUGAAUUAUUUCCAUCCUUGCAGGGCAUUUUCUGUUGGUGAUGGGGCUGUGGAGAGCCAGGGACCAGCCCAGCUCCUGCCUCCAUGGACACACCACGAGGGCUCAGCAGGGCCAGUGGGCAAAACCCCCUCAUCAUUCCAGGUCCUUUGGAAGGGGAGGGUGGGAGAAGGAGCCCUGUUUGACUGCAGAGCCGGGAUUUUGAGAGCUGGAAUCAUAUUUUAUAAAAAGAAAUUCUCAAAAGAACCCCCAGGCCCUGGCGCUGGGGAUGGAUGUCGUGGCUUUUUGUAACAGUUUUAAAAACUCUGAGUGACUGAAUUGCUCUAUGUGUCACUUUUUAUUUUUGAAAAGAUUAAUGUAUAAAUAGAGUAUCUUAAAAUAUUAUGGGGAAAAGAUCUAUAUUUGAUAUUUUUAGAAGAGCUGUAAUGAGAGGAGCAAAGGACAUUUGAAGCUGUCACUGAGAGGCUCCAAACCCCCCUACCCCCAACCUGGAGCUGCUGCUUCCUUCACUCCGUGGUGUCACCUAGAGAGAAGGCAGCUGAAAUUUCAGCCCUCUUCACGUUUUUGUGCACAGUAAUUAAACUUCCUGGGCUUUUGUCUUGGGAAAAAAAGAAAAAAAGAAGAGGAAAAAGGCAAUCAUUUUUUUCGUGCUUUCCAGGGUUUCCUGUUGUGACCUCAGAGAAUAUCCCUAAUUAUGCUCUGGAGCUGUGCCAGGCCUGUGAUGGAUUGGAUAAGGCUAUUUACUGCCACCACCCCUCCUCCAGGUUGGAUUUUAUCAGCUGAUCCACUGGCACUGGACAUCAGUGAGCUCCCUUCUGAUGGCUCCUCUCCGUGCCACUCCUCCAGCCAGACUUUUUCAAGUUCAAUAUUUACACUUUUUAAUUUUGAAAUGUCUGUGUACUGUAUAUAAUAUAUUUAUAUAAUAUAUUUUCAGCUUCACCAGUCAUUGAAGUCAUCAGUAACCCCGUUAAGGAAAUGCACCAAACUUGCUGGACCCUGGCAAGAGCACUGAGAGCAUCUGGGGGCCCCUUUGGGAUAGCCAGUAACAUACAGCCAAGGAAUCUUUUCUUCUGCAAAACCCCAGGAUUUGUGAUAAGGCACAGCUCUGUGCGCCCAGAGCUUCACAUGAGCCCACGCUGCAGGGGGACAUGGCCAGGGACAAAGCAGCCCACUGGGACCAUCCCGGGGGCAAACACGAACUCAAAAGCUCAAAUCUUAAAUGUCAGAACUGUAAAAAUGCCAUUUAAUGGCAUCUUUUCCUAACCAGUCUGAAAUGCCAUCAUUUUACUGGGAUAUGGUGAACACAACAGAAAUCACGAAUUGCAAGCACAUGCUGGGCUUCACCCGGAUUUCUUGGAAGCUGAGGACAGAGCCCAGGAAAGCAAAGAAGAGCAGAACGAGGUGGCAGGUGAGGGAGGGCAGCAGCCCCGUGUCCCAACCACCCCAGGGCCAUGGAGCAGGGGAAGGUGCAGAGGGAAGGAGCAGAAAUCCUGCAGGGAAUGGGAUCCCGGGCCAAAGAUGCUUCUGGUAUCAAUGGAAUGGGACAAAGGGGAUUUUGGGUGAAAUGUGACCCCAGAGGACUCGAUGCCCUUACCCUGAGGCUGAGUUCUUUAUGGGAGUGUCUGAUGGCUCUCCUCAAAGCAUCUUUCCAUAAUAAACCCAAAUAAAUAUUGUGAAUCCCAUCCUUGUGUUGCCUCUGACCCCCGUCCGCAGCCAUCCAGCUUGGGAAUUACCGAAGGGAAAUUUAUGUAAGCUUUGUUUCAAUUGCAAACAAUUCAAAGAAACCAUUCCCUGCUGGGAACUAGGCCUUUUCUGCUGCAGUUAAAUUUGAGAUUUUAUUACAGCAGGCCUCGCUCUGUGGCUCGUGGGGAGGCCGAGCUGUGCUGGGGGAAACCACAGCAGUUUCAGGGUUGGAAAUGUGGAAACUGCAAGGGAGCUCCAUGGCAGCAUCUUCUGUUCCAGGGCUGAGGCUUCCUGAAGCCAAGAGCAGCAUCCUCAGAGCUGGAGAGAGGCUCCUUCCAGCACUGCUGAUCCAGCACAUCCUUUUCCCUUUUUCCUGGGUUCAAUUCUGUCCCUGCACAGGACCUGGCUGGCCCAGGGCAGCUCAGCCCCCAGCACCCUGUCCCAACCCACACCUGGGGAGCCCCAAGGCCUUUCUGUAACUUCCUUUAAUCUCCCUCUGUCACUAAUGUUUGACAGCUGGCACCUGCCUUGGGAGGGAGCUUUUAUCACAUUCUGCUGAGUAUCAGACAGCUGGGCACCACUGCAGUGACAAAAUACAUUUAAAAUCACAGAACUAAAGAGGGAUUGAGGUCGGCAGGGACCUUAAACUUGUAAGAGUCCCCCCCACCUGCCGUAUCAGACACAACCAUCUCCAGGACCGCAACAAAAAUUCCACAAAAGCAUUUUGGAGCCAUUUAAUGAAAAAAGCAGAAUUUUAUUAUAUGGUUUCUGUCCAUUAUUCGGCAUUGCUGUAAAUGGCUCACAUUUACUGCAAUUUCUGUACAGAUGUGUGGCUUUGUAUUACCAGAACAGCAAAUUUAAAUGAAAAAAUAAAUGUUCAACAAUUCCACACAAGCUUUUACAGUCCAACAUUUCACUGAGUAGGUGAAAACUACAGACUUGUUACUACAGAAUUAUUCAGCAUGAAUAAAAAACUACAACUUUUAUUUUUAAACAGGAGUCACUGGUUUAUUUUUUUUAAUGCUGUUUAAAAUUGCUGUGAUAAAAAUAAUGAUUUUUUUUUUAAUAAUGCCAUACACUGGUAUGAUAUAGGAUUUGUCCCCAGUAUAUAUCUUUUUUGUUUAAUAUACAAAAUAGAGUAAUGACCCAUCGCUGCCUCUGCUGUGGGCAGGGGGGUGGAGGUGGGGUGUUCCCACACACUCACAGCCUUCCCUCGGACACGAAGCCUCUGCCUGGAGAGGACCUCGACCUUCAUGGAAAAUUUGGUUCCUAUGAGACGUCGAUGGCUCGGCAAGCCCUGGCUGCAGCCUGGGACAAGGGCAGGGCGUGCCUGGUCCGUGACCACGGAAUCCCAAACUGGAUUCCAGAAACCCUAAAGCUCAUCAAUUCCCCCCUUCCACCAGACCAGGCUGCUCCAAGCCCCGUCCAAGCAGGCCUUGAACACUUGCAGGGAUAUAAUGAUAGUAAUAAUAAUAAUAAUAAUAAUAAUAAUAGUACAAUCUUUAUAAAAUCUCACCCUAAGUCAUGUCCCUGAAGUCCUCCCUCUCUGAAGUUUGGCUGCAGGAUGUUUCCCACAGCCCACGUUCAUCCAGGCACUUCCUCCUUUCCCUACCUUUUCCUGUGGAAAUGGCAUUUUUCAUUUUUCAGCAUCGA